AUGAAGAGGAAAACCCUAACAAAGAGAAUCAAUAGGAAAAAUAGGAGGGUGAGCAGCAGCACCACCAAAAUGAAGAAGGGCACAUUAACAAGCCACUUUCAACAGGCUCAGCACCACCAAAUCCAAUCAUCUUCUUCCACCUCAGCGGCAUCGUCAUCUCUCUUCCAGAACCUUCUGGACUCGGACUUAAACGAUCCUCCGGUGCUGGCCGAGGAUGUUGAUGAAAAAGAUUUCAUCCUCAGUCAGGAUUUUUUUUGCACUCCAGAUUAUAUCACACCAGAUAAUCAAAAUUUACUCUACAGUUUUGAUUGCAACAAGGAAAACAUUUCAUGCCCCAAAUCGCCGGAGAAAUUGAACACUGUCAAAGUAAAAAAGCUUCGACAGGUUUAUCCUCUCAGUCCUACAUUGUCUGACCAGCAACAAAUUGUGGAUAUCGGAAAAGAUAACAUCAGUUCAGAAGAAAUGAUGAUUGAGAAAACAAUAACUAUUGAAACAAAGAAGCCUUCAAAUUAUGUAUCACAAUCUGCUGUUUCUUUACGCUGUCGCAUUAUGCCUCCUCCUUGCAUCAAGAACCCAUAUUUAACAGGUGACUUGGAAGUGGGUAUAGAUCCAUUUGGCAAUCAAAGAUCAAAAUGUGCAGGAUUUUUCCCAGCAUUUGCUGGUGGAGAUGGCCUAUCACGCUAUCACACAGAUUUUCAUGAAAUCCAGCAAAUUGGAACUGGGAACUUCAGUUGUGUUUUCAAAGUUCUGAAAAGAAUUGAUGGUUGCUUGUAUGCUGUGAAACAUAGCACAAGGCAGUUGCAUCAAGAUGCAGAAAGGAGGAAAGCAUUAAUGGAGGUUCAAGCUCUAGCAGCUUUAGGAUAUCAUGAGAACAUUGUUGGAUACUACUCGUCUUGGUUUGAAAAUGAGCAAUUCUACAUUCAGAUGGAACUCUGUGAUUGCAGCUUAUCUAUCAAUAGAUCAUCCAAAUCCUUAACAGAGGGAGAAGCACUGCAAGUCUUGCUUCAGAUUGCAAAGGCAUUGCAGUUUAUUCAUGAGAGAGGAAUAGCUCACCUAGAUGUGAAACCUGACAAUAUUUAUGUCAAGAAUGGAGUUUAUAAGCUCGGUGAUUUUGGAUGUGCGACUCUUCUUGACCAGAGUCUACCAGUUGAAGAGGGUGAUGCACGUUAUAUGCCUCAAGAGAUCCUGAAUGAGAACUACAAUUAUCUUGACAAAGUUGACAUCUUUUCCUUGGGAGCAGCUAUUUAUGAACUUAUUAGGGGUUCAACUUUGCCACAAUCAGGAUCCCAGUUUUUGAACCUCAGGGAGGGCAAACUGCCUCUCCUUCCUGGUCAUUCAUUGCAACUUCAGAACUUACUAAAGGUCAUGGUUGAUCCUAAUCCCACCCGGCGGCCUUCUGCUAAGGAAUUAGUCGAAAAUCCAAUGUUUGAUAAGGUUCCAAGAAAUUUAAAAUCCCAAGCAAAAGCUUGA